AUGAGCGUGUCCAAGCUCGUCCUGGCCGCGGAGCGCGGGCUCGAGGAGUCGCAGAACCAGCGCGAUGCCCGCGUCGAGGCUCUCUGGCUCCAGCUUGACCCCAGCCGCACGGGCGAGCUGGAUCUCAAGGGGUUGCGCAAGGGGUUCCGCAAAAUCGAUCACCCCAUGAAAAACGCGGAUCAUCUGUUGCGGCAGAUCAUGGAGGAGGUCGACACCAAUGGCGACGGCAAGAUUCAGUACGAAGAGUUCCGCAUAUUCGUCGAGCAAGCCGAGAGGCAGCUGUUCUUUCUGUUCAAAGCCAUCGACAAGGACGGCAACGGAAAACUCGACAUGACGGAGCUGCAGUCUGCCUUUAGAGCUGCCGGCCUCACCGUAUCGAACCGCAGACUGUCCGAGUUCUUCAACGACAUGGACAAGAACCACGACGGGUUUGUCAGCUUUGAUGAGUGGCAAAACUUUCUCCUCUUCAUGCCGGCGAGUGAACAUGACUCUCAACUGCGUGCCGUGCUGUCCUACUAUUGUUCUGUUGUUAAUGUCACGCCCGAGGGAGAUUCUAUUGUCAGCGAGGAAACAUUGGAAGGCUUAGGUUAUUUCCUCGCGGGUGCCAUCGCCGGCGGAGUGUCGCGAACGGCCACUGCCCCUCUCGACCGCUUAAAGGUCUAUCUGCUCGUCAAGACCAGCGCUGGCUCGGAGACGGCCGCUGCAGCCAUCAAGCAGGGCCGGCCCAUUGCUGCAGUGAAGAAUGCGGCGCGGCCCUUUGGCGAUGCCGUCAAGUAUCUGUACCAAUCCGGUGGCGUCCGCGGGUUCUUUGCCGGAAAUGGCCUCAACGUCGUCAAGAUUAUGCCCGAGACGGCCAUCAAGUUCGGGUCAUACGAGGCCGCCAAGCGAGCACUGGCCAACUUUGAGGGCCACGGCGACUCGAGACAGAUCAGCUCCUAUUCCAAGUUCACCGCAGGCGGUCUCGCCGGCAUGAUUGCACAAUUCUGUGUCUACCCUCUGGAUACCCUCAAGUUCCGCCUGCAGUGCGAGACGGUCAAGGACGGCCUCACAGGAAGCGCGCUGGUGCGCCAGACGGCCGUCAAGAUGUACGCCGACGGCGGAGUGCGGGCUUGCUACCGAGGAAUCACCAUGGGUCUCGUGGGCAUGUUCCCCUACAGCGCAAUCGACAUGGGCAUGUUUGAGCUGCUCAAGAAGACGUAUCGGGGCUACUAUGCCAGGUACGCCGGGUGCCACGAGGACGACGCAAACCCGGGAAACAUUGCGACGGGAAUCAUUGGCGCGACUUCGGGGGCUAUUGGGGCCUCGGUGGUGUACCCGCUCAACGUGGUGCGCACCCGGCUGCAGACGCAGGGGACGGCGAUGCACCGGGCGACGUACACGGGCAUCUGGGACGUGACGCAGAAGACGAUUCAACGCGAGGGCUAUCGGGGGCUAUACAAGGGGCUGACGCCGAAUCUGCUGAAGGUUGCUCCAGCACUGAGCAUAACCUGGGUCGUGUACGAGAACUCGAAGCGGAUCCUCGGCCUGCACUGA